AUGGCGUCGAUCUUCUCGCCUUUCCGCAACACAUACCGAUACCUUCAAUAUGCAGCACACGAACACCCAGUAGUGUUCUUCUCAAUCGUCAUCGGAUCUGUCGGCCCGCUGGCUGUGGUGACGGUACCCCCCAUUCGUAAAGCGUACGGCUGGAAGCCUGCUGACAAGGUGCCCACCUCGUAUCCUCUCCCGGCUCGUGCACGAGAACAGAUCACCGCAUACGACGAUGAAGAAUAG